AUGAGCGAUAUACAAGUGUACGUGACGUCUUCAUUGACGUCUUCUGAGAGAAGGAUAUCCCCUCAGUGGGACUUGCAUUAUUUGAAACAAAAAAUCGAACUUGUGACUGGGAUUCAACCUCAAUUUCAAACUAUCCAAUACUAUCCAGCGGCUUCAAAUGACUGUAGAUUACUCAUAGACGCUAAAGAUUUUAAUGAAGUCUUGGAUCAAUCAACAAGGGUUUCUGAGCUAGGACUCUCUCCUUAUGGUCGUCUUCACAUUAUUGAUACUGAUCCUGAUUCUGAUUUAAAAGAUUUGGAUAAUAGUAAUGAAGAGAUACCAGAAUUCACAAUUUCAGAGGAGGAGUAUGCCAAGAGAGGAGAUUCUGUAUUAAAUUGGAAACAAAAGAAUCAACUUGGUAGGUUUGAUCCUGCUUACAAUCAAGAGAGGGCAAACGCUUUAGAGAGAGACAUAAAGAUAUCAUCUGAAAUGAAUACAGGCGAUAGGUGCAGAAUAAUAAAUAUACAAGGAGAAAGAAGAGGUACGAUAAGAUAUCUUGGUAAAAUUGAGAUGUUGGACGAAGGAGAAAGUAUUUGGGUGGGAAUUGAAUUUGACGAACCACUUGGCCGUAAUGACGGUCUGAUCAAUGGUCAUCGUCUAUUCCAGUGUAAGCAGAAACAUGGUAGCUUCGUUAAGCCUAAGCAGGUUGAAGUUGGUGACUUUCCUGAACUAGACCCAUUUAGUGAUGACGAUGAAUUAUGA